UCACGUGACCAGGAGCCUAUGUCUGCCCAAGUCCCUCUCGUCCAGGUCCUUUUUGCCUGUCCAGACACCGUCUGCCUACUGCUCUUUGAUCGAGGGGAAAAGCAGGAGGAAGUCUGCAGGUCACAGCGGUGCGCCUCGAGGAGAGGAGGCCUAGAGCAAACCGCAAGGAGAGGUCCAGACGAUCCUCAACAUGGAAAAAUCCUGCAAAAAAAAUGAAGAACAGCCACAGGGCGCGCCCCAGACGGCUGAGGAACGGCCUCCUGUGGAGCACUCUCCCGAAAAGCAGUCUCCGGAAGAACCAUCUUCCGAGGAACAGUCGGAGGAGGAGGAGUUCUUUCCUGAGGAGCUCCUUCCCGAGCUCCUACCCGAGAUGCUCGUGUCAGAGGAGCGCCCUCCUCCGGAGCGCCUUUCUAGAAGGGACCUUUUUGAAGAGCGCCCUCCCAUGGAGCAGCCUCCUUGUGGAGUGGGAAAACAUAAGCUGGAAGAAGGAAGCUUCAAAGAAAGGCUGGCUCGCUCUCGCCCGCAAUUUAGAGGGGACAUACACGGCCAAAAUUUGAGCAAUGAAGAGAUGAUAAAGGUGGCAGAGGAGAUGGAAGAAAUGAAAAGGGUACGAAACAAAUUAAUGGUCAUGCAUUGGAAGGCGAGACGGAACCGUCCUUAUCCCAUUUAAUGUGUUCUUUAAUUCGAUUUCACCUGAUAGAAAUAUUGCCAGCUGAACUUUGUUUGAAUUUUCUCAUGCAUCUUUCCCCAUCUCAAUUUUAACUUUUUGCGUGGCUUUAUUUUAGGUGUUUUGCUUGUAACUGGCAUAAAAUUGGGUUUUCUCCACCCACAAGUUGCAAGUCUCCCUCUCUCACCCAUUUGCAUGAAAAGGUGUACAUUAUAUACUGUGAAGUGAAAAAAACAAUUUUCAAAAAGUA